GCUGAAGGUCCCCGGCUGACUUGCACUUAGGCUAUAAAUUUCAGUUUCCUUUUAUUACCGUCCAAAAGGAGGGGUCCUCUGGAGAUACUAAGUGUAGAUUGCAAAACAGUCGGUUUUUCCUCAAAAUCGUUUUUAUGUAGCGUCAGUCUCAAACGUGCAAGGCGCGCGACCCUGCACUCCCGUAGGCUCUCCGUUUUAAGCCUCGCUCCAGACCUUUUGUUUGACUGUUCGCACGUACUUAAAUAUGAAAAAAAACGGACUGCUUUAGUAGUCUAUACUAAGUAUAUCAUGCAGUAAACUUGUAUCUCUCUUGGUUAUUUAGUGCAUAGUUCUGUUUAACCAUUUUUUAAUCAUUAUCCACUUGCAGGUUGAGGUAGAUGGAGGAGUCAAUUUGCCAAACAGCUUCCUUGCUCGAUUGACUGGACGCUUGAAAACAAAGUACACUUUUCCAAAGCUGGCGAUAAGAAAAACACAUGGCCCAGUUCUGUUUAAGUGCUGCAAAGUGGUUCUCAACGAGAUGGCUAAUAAAUUGCAACUUGCAGUUGGGGAACUUGUUGGUGCUUCCACCAUCCACAGAGGUGAAUAUGACCAUGAUCCUGAAGAAUACGAAAAUACAGCAGUACAUCUGGAUGAAGACGAGCAGAGCGAUUUGGAAGGUAAAAGGUUAAAAUUGUUGUACACCCAACAUUCUAUAGUAAGGCGGGUUUACACGAGAGAUAUAAGAGAAGAUAACGAAGAGUCACUAUAUGGUUUUAACCCAAAACGCGCGUGACCAGAAAACGUCCGCAAUUUAAGAGCGAUUUAUUGCAGCCUAGUCGCCGUAAAUUCUACUAUGACCGAAAUGUUGUGUAUUCAUGUGGUCCAAGUUAUCUUUGCGUUCAUUUUUUUAUUAAUAUUAUUUUUGCUUUAUGUUAAUACGCAUAUAGUUGUAAAAUAUUUAAAUCGAAAACUUAACCACAUUACAUGUAUAUAUUUUCGUCACGUUAGAUUCCUUUUCGGAAGAGUUCGGAGAUGAAAAGAACCUGGAGACAAUUAAGAACUCAGUUUUGAUACCAACCAAGAACAGAGAGGAGCGAAAAUUGCGGAUUAACAAGUACCUCAGCUGGGUAAGGAAAAUCACAAAUGAGCGCAGAUACGACCCUAGGCGGGCCUCUCCCGUAUUCGGCCUAAACGGGUGUUUGCCACUGAAUAGGCCGAAGUGCGAAGCGCGCGCCAGCGGAGCCCCAUAGCUAAGAAAAUUUGGUUAUCCGACCGUCCGUUCGCAUCACAGGGUAACCAAUGUGAAAUCUCACACUUUCUAGCUAGUGUGGAAGCUUGUAACCUGAUAUUGCGCAUCCAUUGUAUGAUCAAUUGACAGCUGUCCAGGCACGAUAUCCGCUUACUAGUAUCACAUGAACGUAUCGAGGUUGCGUGUUUCUUUAAAUUUAACCGCUGACAAGUUAUUAGUUUUUAACUGACGGCAGGCUCAACUACAAGUAGGUUUUUUUUUGCAAGUUUAUUUCUUUAAGUAAAUUAUGAAUUUAUUACUGAGAGCUUCGCUUCUAGCCUUGGAUAAAUCUAUAUAUUAGGGUCUUGAGUCUUAUACAGGAUAUCAAUUUAACUAUUUAUAGUCUUCAACAAGGUAUCUUUUGAGGCUUAAUGCCUUAAAAGUGUGUAAAAGUUGGCCACUUCCGGUUAACUUGCGUCGCUCAAGAACGUCGUUGCUUAAGCUCCCUCUCGCUAGACCGUGUUGACCAUACCGGGUGAGCCAGCCUAAGAGAGAUGUUUAUCCUCUCUUGACGAGCCAAAGUGUUUAAAUAGAGAAAAGUUAGCUCGGCUAAAAGGGGAACUCUACCAUGGCCAUCGGAAAAGGGUGGCCCGGCUAGCUGAGUCAACCUUCUUGGCGAGCCAACUUUUUGUUUCUCUUGUAAACGGUUCGCUAAGUUUUGAUAGGAAUUGUGGAAAGGUUAGCUCGCCAUGGUAGCUCGGAUAGGCAAGUGAAACUCUAACCGGGGCCACCUUUUCUCCUCAAUAAACGGGGCCACAGACGAUUCGAGUAAACCGCCGACUCCGUUUGUGUGAAUUGGACUCGUAGCACUCGAGGUAUGAGUAGAGUCAGAGUACUCGGCGGCAGCAUAUUCUACAGCUCAGAACGUUCACUUACAUGCUUUUGUUUAAAACAGUCCUGGUCAGCAUUUUCACUCUGGGCGUUGAAUCAAAACCUUUCAUUUAUUCAUCUAUAGCUUGAAAAAGCCUUGACAGAGAAGGAGACGAAGAUACCGGUGGAAGAACCUCUUGACGAAGCGGACUGCUCAUUCCUUCGUAGCGUUUAUGUCGCUGCGUACCCCAAAGACCGAACAGUGAAUCUGGGGGGUAUGAACGAAAAGAUUCAGGGAUAUGCAAUUGUUUUUAAGCUUCUUGCAGGUGAGACGGAGUGCUAAACAUAGAAAGUAGUAAUAUUUGCAGUGCUGGAUCCAGAUCUUGAGAUAAGGCGGGGGGGCUCGGUUAUCCAGACCCUUAGAUAAAGGGGGGGCCGUCUCCCAGAAAAAUUUUUCGGCCCUUGGGGCCUGAGUUUGGUCCAAACAUAAGGGAGGGCAGGCCCCCCGGGUCCCUCCCCUGGAUCCGCCACUGAUUUGUUUGUGGCAGGGCGUUCUUUUUGGAAUGUGGAAAAGAGGGAGAGGCCCCCCGGAGGAGAGGGUGACAAGUCUAGCAUGCAAAAAGGAACUCUUGUCUUCUCGGAGGCGACGGCAAAGUCUAUUUCUUUUUUAUUAACGGUUCAUUUCAUCACGGUUAACCAAGUCUUUCGUCAGGACAAACGUAAUGUAUGUUCUGGAUUAUGUUACAAUAAGGUGAAACAAUUUUUAAAAUGAAUUAAUGUUUAAAGCUCGGAGAAGAGCUACGGCUAUAACGCGAAAGCUGGUGUGAGAAAGCAAGAAUAGCAAUAUCACUUCAGUGCGACAUUCUACACUCCUACGCUCAAAAAAUAGCCUUCCCACGCGUGGGUUUAGCUACAAAAAUCUACAUUUUGGGGAGAUAUUUAGUUGGAGAGAUUUUUACAGGUUUUGGUAAAUAUUUUCAAGGCUUUUUGUUAAGUUAGAAAAAAGCUUGAAACCAUCGCCCAGAAUUCUAUUGUCUUUUGCGACAUGUACUUACAGUGCGCAGUUUCUCAAUGUGCGGCAUAAUAACUGAAUAAUAACAUAAUAACUAAAUUUGGCGCUCUGAGUGCGCUUAAAGUUCCCGGAUAUGUCGCGUGAUUCUGGGCGAUGCUUGAUACGUCUCAUCGUAAGUAACCCUGAAGCCUUUGUUUGCAAAGUUUUACUUGUACUGUAAAGAAAUCCUAUUCGUUCAUUGGUUUCUCACAGGCAAUAUUUUAAUUUUCCUCAAAACGAAAAACAGGUUUGUCUGACAACGACUGGGAAGAAGUGGAGAAGGCCUGGGCUGAGUCAAAUGUUGACAACUUGCUGCAGGAGUCUGGGCAAGAGCAUUGUCAAGCCGAAUCCGGAGUUUAAAUUGUAAAGGUUGAUUUCUAGUUAAAUUGUAAAAUUGUUUAAAAUUGUAAACGUUGAUUUCUAGUUAAGACUUUAGUACAUCAGUUUAAUUAUGAACGUUUUGCUUUAUAGACAUCUGCAUAGGAUUACCGACUGGCAUCAUUCAAAAAUGGCAGAAGCAGUUGAAGAUAAAAGUCGAAUAACCUGG